CAUUCUGCACUUGGGUUACCUGUGCUUUAUCUCCAUAACUAGCACAAACCUGUUUGGCAACCUUGGCAACCUUAUUGCAUAACAGACAGUUUAUCAUCCCUCAAUCAAUACCUCCUUCAUCUCCUUAGCCGCUCAUCACGUCUUCUAUAUAACUAGUUUACUCCUGUUUGGUAAGUCCUGUCUAUACCUGAACAUUCAGACAACAUGUCAAAUAUUUGCUUCAAAAAGGGCGACCUGGUCUGCAGGAAUAAUCUAGUUGAACAGACGGUUUGGGGAAAGGAUGUCCAACAUUAAGGUCGUUACCACUGGUAGCCUCAUCAAAAAGGACCUUAAAGAUGCUUAUUAUUUGCCGUAUUGGCCCUCCUCGCACUUACCAGGGUAUAAAUUUAACAACGACAAGAAAUAUCGUGUGUUUGACUGCCCUCCGCCUUCCGAAGCCUUCAUGCACUUUAUUUUUCCCUUCCGUAACGUCCCUACGGCGGGAGAUGAGGUGCCCAUAUUGUUGGACCAACAGCCUCCGUCGUUUUUGAGACAUCAUUGGAAGAAAUGGCUUCCUGAUUUCCCUACUGCAGAUAUCAAAACCAUCGACGAGGGGCUUCAAGAUCAUGUACCGAUCGUAACCACCGGAUCAAUGCAAGUUAUUCCAGAUAACAAACAUAGCGUUGACCCAGAUGUCCUCUAUAGAGUACAGUUGAAGAGCAGUAUCCCCGAGGUUGGUGUGACGUGCCCGAAACACUUUAUGAACGUGAAUGCAGUCUCUUUCCCCUGUUUGGUCAAAGUAGAUAUGAGCUGGUCUGGACGCGGGAAUCAACUUGCCAAGAACAAGAUUGAGCUGUCGGAGAUCCUCAAAGAAAUCAGGGAAGAGAAUGACUGGAAAGAUGACAUCAUCUACGAAGAAAUGGUGCAGGGGAUCCGAGAAGUUCCAAGCUUUCAGUUUCACUUGCACAGAAAUGGCGAGGUCUAUUGGGUUGGUACAACGUGCGGCGGUUUCAAAGGAUUUUCUUGGUGCAGCGCUGUGGUGGAUUGGGACAAACAAGACUACUAUAAGAACCUUGUGUACGAUGAGUUCGUUGUUCCUGUCGUAAAAUACCUUCAUAAGCAAGGCUACUUUGGUCUGGUUACCAUUGAGAUCUUGAUCACUGAUCAUGGAAUGYACUUAGUAGACAUGAACCCACGAGUUGGUGGCGAUACUCCGUACUUACUAAUAGCCCCUUAUAUGGCGCAGCUGGGCUUCAAACAUUCGACUCUGGCUCUCGGGAAAACCAUCAAUGCGUCAGCCAAGACUUUGGUCAAAAGCGCAAACGACAUCAACAACACGAAUGAAGGUAGAGUUAUCAUCUUGUCCGCUACUGAUCUAGAAGAUGGAAAAAGCCAGUUUGAACUCACAGUCUUUGCCAAAUCGCAUCAAGAUGCGGUCAUGCUUCACGACAAACUCAUAAACUCRUGCAGUUAGACGGACCUCUCUAAAGGUCAUACUUUAAUUAAGUCAAAAAUAUUCUUUGUAAAAAAUAAAUAUAAUAUGGCAGCAGCAAUAUUAUUCAACCCUUCUUUAUAGAUUAUUUUAUCCAUCGUAAGACUCAUAAAGCGAUUCUAUUUUGAAUCUUUAAUCACGAAAUGAUCUGAGAAUUAUAAUAUCUAUAUAUCUUAGCUCGAUCAACGCUGUAAAGCUGCUUGUCUAGCGGGCAGACCUUAGUCUGCAUAGUUAUAUGGUCUGCCAUCGGCCAAGAACAUCCCGCAGAAGUCAACAUCCCCCAUAGUAUACUUAAUGGAAGAUAGUAUUUUGAUAUACAGGACACAUCAUUGUACCUAGAUUUCAUUUUAUUUUCAAUCAAUAGUACAAGACAAAUAGAAGUUUUGAUAUGCAGGACACAUCAUGGACCUAUAUUAUGUUUUUUCUAGAAUCAAUCGUACGUGCCAAAUAAAGAUGAACUGUUUUUUUGUCGAAA